AGGCAAGGUAGGGAUAGAGGGUGAGGGUUCCCUAAGGAGGGGAGACCGAGAGAAAGGGGUUACUGCUAGGGGGCAGCACCCCAUGUAGAAGGGCACCGGGUCCAGGGAGGGACACGGGGGGGCCUACGAACAGGUGGAUAACCACCCUGCAGAGGGCGCUCAGGGCUGGACUGAGCUAACUUCGCAGAGCAACCAGCGGGAGGCGCCGCAGGGGACUGGCUGUAUUGUAAUACUUUUGAAAAAGUUACUGUCGUUGAUCUCAGAUCAUGAAUUCAUCCAACCUCUGGAGUCCACAGAAUGUGCAGUAUUGCUUUGACUCUGUUAACAAUUCAUGUCCUAGAAAUGUAAGGUCUACAAUAAGUCUUUGGGCUAUGUACAUUUUCAUGGUGGGAGCAAUAAUGCUCACAAUGGGUGGAAAUAUGCUUGUGAUCAUUUCCAUCGCUCAUUUCAAACAGCUUCACUCUCCAACCAACUUCCUGAUCUGCUCCAUGGCAACUACUGACUUUUUGCUUAGUUUCAUGGUUAUGCCCUACAGUAUGAUCAAGUCUAUAGACUCAUGCUGGUAUUUUGGAGACCUCUUCUGCAAAAUCCAUACUUUUUGUGAUAUAAUGCUCUGUACCACCUCUAUUUUCCAUCUGUGUUUUAUCUCUGUUGACCGUUACUAUGCAGUUUGUGACCCACUGCAUUAUGUCACCAAAAUAACUAUCCCUGUGAUAGUACUAUUUUUAUUAAUUAGCUGGUCUGUCCCAUUCUUAUUGGCUUUUGGCCUAGUUUUCCCAGAGUUGAAUAUUGUUGGCACUGAAGAAUAUGUGACUUCCAUUGACUGCUAUGGUUUCUGUGCCUUCAUACUUAAGAAGCUCUGGGGAGUGAUAGCUUCUCUUAUAGCCUUCUUUCUCCCAGGCACAGUGAUGGUGGGUAUCUAUGUCCACAUAUUUACAGUGGCAAGAAAGCAUUCAAGACAAAUUGCUAAAAUCCCCAGUGCAAUAAAAUGUGUCUCUGCAAUGAAAAACAACAUCUCCACAAAAAAAGAGAACAAAGCAACUAAAACUUUAAGUAUAGUUAUGGGGGUGUUUGUUUUUUGUUGGCUGCCUUUCUUUAGUCUUACGAUAGCUGAUGCUUUUAUUAACUUCUCAACACCUGAAGAUUUGUACAAUGCCUUCCUCUGGCUGGCAUACUUCAAUUCUACUUGUAAUCCAAUCAUUUAUGGUUUAUUUUAUUCUUGGUUUCGCAAAGCAUUUAAAAUGAUUGUGACUGGUACAAUCUUCAGACCAGAUUCCUCUACUCUUACUUUAUUUCCCUCAAAUACUUAGUUAGCCAGGUAGGGCUUUUAUGAAUGGAUUAACAUUAAUAGAUGCAUAUGCUAUUUCUGAAGAUCUUUUAGAAUAGGUCACAUAGGGCCCUAUAUUGACAACAUUUACAAAAAUCUGCACAUGCUUUUUGGAGAAACAGGGAUGUGCUGGCUGCAGCUUCCCGCAGCUCCCACUGGCACAGGAAUGGUGAACUACGGCCAUGGGGACAACAAUGAUAAGAUAAAAUUUAAAAACUGGGAAUAAAUAAAAAACAGAUAAAAUAUCUGGUAUUUAAGGCCCUACUUAAUUUGCGAUAUUGCGGAAAUUGCAGAUCCUGCAAUAUUAGGCUUCCCCUGCAAUUUUAUCAGCCACUGGGGGCUGACAGUGGGAGCCUCGGGCUGCUGAUAGCCCCACUGUCAGCCCCCAGAAGCUGGUGACCAGUGUUCCUGUUGUCAGCUCCGCACAUGGCAAGGCUUCUGUAUAACUCCUCUCCAGAACAUCCCCUUUUUUUCCCUGCUGCCCCCGACAUGGCCCCUGACACUGGGGAGCUGGGAAGGAAUGCAGUGA